AUGGCCAUUAGUGUUGGUAUAAAUGGAUUUGGUCGUAUCGGCCGCUUAGUAUUGAGAAUUGCUCUUGAGAGACCAGACAUCAAUGUGGUAGCAAUCAAUGAUCCUUUUAUUGCUGCUGACUAUGCUGCUUAUAUGUUCAAGUAUGACUCCACCCACCGCCAAUACAAAGGUGAGGUGAAAAGUGAUGGUGAAUUUCUCAUUGUCAAUGGCCAUUCCAUCAGGGUUUUUGGUGAAAAGGACCCAAGUUCAAUUCCCUGGGGAAAAACAGGCGUAGACUACGUCAUAGAGUCUACUGGAGUUUUCACGACCAAGGCUGGUGCUCAGAAACACAUUGAUUCCGGUGCCAAGAAAGUUGUGAUUACCGCUCCAUCUUCGGACGCUCCUAUGUUUGUAGUAGGGGUCAAUGAGGAAAAGUAUACUCUGGACAUUGACAUUGUUUCCAAUGCCUCGUGUACAACCAACGGAUUGGCACCUUUGGUCAAAAUCAUCAACGACAAAUUUGGAAUCCAAGAAGGCUUGAUGACUACCGUUCACUCAUUUACCGCAAGCCAGAAGACUGUAGAUGGACCCUCACACAAGAAUUGGAGAGAGGGAAGAACUGCUUCUGGAAACAUUAUUCCACUUUCCACAGGUGCUGCUAAGGCUGUGGGAAAGGUGCUUCCUGAGUUGAAUGGAAAAAUUACUGGAAUGUCGUUACGUGUGCCAACUUCUGAUGUUUCUGUGGUAGACUUGACUGUGAAAUUGAAGCUGUCUACCACCUACGAAGAAAUCUCAGCUGCUGUCAGAGCGGCGGCCGAAGGUCCUUUGAAGGGUAUCGUGGGCUACACUGAAGAUUCUGUAGUUUCGUCCGAUUUCCUUGGUUCUACAUACUCCACGAUUUUUGACCAAAAAGCUGGUAUAUUGUUGUCUCCGACAUUUGUCAAGUUGAUCGCUUGGUAUGAUAACGAAUAUGGGUAUUCCAGUAGAGUGGUUGACUUGUUGGAGCAUGUUGCAAAAAAGUGA